CCCGGGAGCUGCCCCGGGAAGGGCGGACGGAGGGAGGGAGGCUGACGCGCCGGGCGGGCGGGAAGUGAGCUCAGCCCACAGGAAAUCCCGCCCGCCUGGCCUGUGUUGUGCUGCCGAGGGGCAGAGAAAGGAGCCUAGCGACCGAGCGGGGCUGGCGCCGGAGACCACGGGCAAAGCCAUGUCUGACCAGGAAGCAAAACCUUCAGCUGAGGACUUGGGAGAUAAGAAAGAGGGAGAAUACAUUAAACUCAAAGUCAUUGGGCAGGACAGCAGUGAAAUUCACUUCAAGGUGAAAAUGACGACACAUCUCAAGAAACUCAAAGAAUCAUACUGUCAAAGACAGGGAGUUCCAAUGAAUUCACUCAGGUUCCUCUUCGAGGGUCAGAGAAUUACUGAUAAUCAUACCCCCAAAGAGCUGGGGAUGGAGGAGGAAGAUGUGAUUGAAGUUUAUCAGGAACAGACAGGGGGUAACUCGACAGUUUAGAUCCUUCUGUUUGUUUUUUCUUUCCCCUUAAUCCUUUUUUAUUUUUAAAUAAUAGUUCUUUUGUAAUGUGGCAUUCAACACUGAACUGAAACUGGCACCCCAUCUUUGGAACUUAUUUUCAAACAUCUGGUAUUUUGAAUUCUCGUGCUCAUUAUUCACUAUAAUUUCUGUUUUCAUUGUGCUGAACUCUUGUGAUCCAGCUGCAGCCCUGUUCCUUUUCCCCCCUCCCCUUUUAAAAUUACAUGUACACACAUGCAUUUGUAUGUUCGCUAGGAUCGUGCCUUUGAGGCACGAAGGUUGUAAGAUCCGCCAGGUGGGCGAGUGUUCCUAAUGACUUCCAAAUCAGCCCUGAAGUUUUGAUGUGGUGACUGUUUCACUCCUGGACUAUAACUUUCAGUGGGAGAUGAAGUUUUUCAGAGAACUAAACAAUGGAGAAAUUGUGUGUCCAUAAUUGAGAGCUGUUUUCCUUAAAUUGUGCUGGGGGCCUGGGAAAGAAGACUGUCCAGUUGAAAAUGAAAAAGAUCUGUACUUUCUUCCAGAGAUGGCUUCACAGAAGACCUAAAAUUGAAAACCCUGUCUAUUCUUAAAUUUUGGCAGAAGAGCCCAGAAAAGUUCUUUCAUAUAGCAAUUAAUACACAGAUAUUCCUGCAAGAACGUACACAGCAGACACUUGUAGUAUUCUGACAUUCUUGUUUGUACCUUUUGGCCUGGGACAUGGGUUUUGAAUGGACAUUGUCUGUACCAGCUUCAUUAAAAUAAACAAGAAAAACAAUUUUAUAAACAUUAA